AUGACUCACUCCACUUUCAACAGGGCUGCCUGGAGCAAAGGUUCAGGUGCUGUCAGAGUCUUGCAGCCGAAAAUCUCUGCAGAGGAAUCUAGGUAUUAUCCGGAUAACAUGACAGCAGAUACUACCUCCAGCAACAAGAAGCGCAUUGCCAUUGUCGGAGGCGGAGCCGCAGGUGUUAGCACCGCCUGGAGCUUGGCAAGAUCCGUGCAUGAAAAAGUCGAUGUCACCAUUAUCGAACCAUGUCCUUCUUUGGGAGGAGUGGCUUGUACCAAAUACCUUGAUAAUCAACAGUUUUUGAAUUAUGGCGUGCAAGGUGGUACUCCAGCUUCGCACCGCAACAUUAUUGCCUUUUUGAAAGAAUUUAAUGAAGACAUUGAUGAUGCUCAUUUAUCCGUGAGCUUUGGCAAGGGUCCCUAUCACUGGACCAACUAUCAGGACUCGCCGCUCCAACAAACACUGCAAAAGGAUAUCCGCCGUUUCGGCACCUUGCUCAAAUGGAUUUCACGGCUCGAAUUUGUCACGCUCUUCUUGUCUAUUGACACUGUCUUGGAGUGGGCUUGUUUGUCCCAAGAAUUUCGAGAUCGUAUGGUCUACCCAUUGGUGGCACUAUUUUUUGGAACGGGCAACCAAACUCCCCACAUGUCCGCCGCCGUUGUGGCCAGGGUCUUUAAUGAUCCAUCCUUGGCACUCUUUGAGUAUUCACCCGAUCGGCUCAUUGACAGCGAACCAACCAAUUUUGCUUUCAAAAGUUUGGAUCAAUUUUACAAUGGCAAAGUGAGACCCUUUCUAGAAGACAAAGGAGUGAAAGUUUUGACCAGCCAUCGUGUGGAUAGCGUUGUGAGCAGGAGCCGAAAGGAUGGUGUGACUCUCCAAAUCUCCAACCUUGCUGGAUCAACCGACACGGACUGUCGAGCCGGAGGUGACCAAAAGUUGCUCAGCAAUGAUUCGCUGCUGCCUUUGCAAGAUGCAGCCCAGGUCCUCCCCGAAUCGUCAACCGAAUCCAGCCAACAAGGAUGGGAAGAACUCUUCGACGAGAUUGUCUUUGCCUGCCCGGCCAACGUGGCGUUGCAGAUUCUCGGUCAGAACGCAACCUUUUGGGAACGCCGCAUCCUGGGUUCCGUUGAGUACUUUCAUGAUCUCUCCGUCACACAUACGGAUCGAGCUUACAUGACAAAGUACUAUGAGGAUGUCGAAAAGGAACGAGCCAUAUACUUCAUCAAGACAUAUGAACAAGAUCCAAAACUAUUGGAGAUGGGGUUUGACUUGUCGGGGUACCAAUCCAGCAUUAGCAAGGGAAUCAUCAAUCAAUCGAGUCCUGAACAGCAACAACCAGAACGAGUCUUUCAGACCAUCUUUUUGGACAAGAAGCGAAAGAAGGAUCUCUGGUCUCUCGAUGAGAUUGAUGACAACAAAAUCAUUGACCGGAGCUGGUGGAGUGCCUUUGCGCAUACCAUGAAGCAUUUCCGAAGCGUUGUUCCCUUUGUCUGGCUCCUACAUCGACAAAAUGCCGUGCAAGCUACCCACACUUACUACGCUGGAAGUUGGAUGCUCAUCAAUACCCAUGACAUUGCCGUAGUUUCGGGGCUGGCCGUUGCCCAGCGUCUGGGUGCACCGUAUCCUUUUGCCGACAACUCUCUCGCGCUUGCGUUGUACAAGACUUUUUGGAUGGUGGGGCACUUGACUGUGUGGAGAAAGUAG